UAUCAGACAAUUAUUGUUGGACAUGCCAUCGCGAUGACGUCGAUCUCUUCUGCACGACGUGUGUGCGAUCGUUUCACAUGUCGGCAACAUGUUCAUCCGAAAAAAAGGUAUAUGAGGAUGAAAUGGCGACGUGGCGAUGUCCGGAAUGUCUUGAGAUAGAAAAAGGAGCCCAACGAAAUAAUGCAGAAAAAAUCAGUGCGGAACACUUGAAGACGGCGCUAAAUUUCAUCUGGGAUCAUUUAAUCGCCGAUGAUAAGAUUUUCACCAAACAGUUUAUGGAGGUUGAUUAUCCCAGAGGAACGGUUGCGAACACAAUGGAUUUAAACACAAUUAGCAAGAAGAUUGAGAUCGGUGCAUACAGUUGCUGCGAGGAUUUUUACUCCGACAUCAAAUGGAUCGUGCACAAUACGAAGAUUCAUUGUUCGGCUAACCAUGGCAAAAUCAAAGCGGCAAACGUCUUGUUUAAUGCGGUUAAAGAGGAAAUGUACUGUAUUCGCUUGUGUCAUAGUUGCUAUAUCAAUUUGGAUGUCGAUUGGUUUUCAACGCCAUGCGCUAGAUUGCACAUUCUUGUUUGGGCUAAGCAAAGAACAUUCCCGUAUUGGCCGGCGAAAGUGAUGCGCUAUAAUCGUGAUCAGAACACCGUAGACGUUCAAUAUUUUGGUGGAAGUCAUCUUCGCGGCAUUGUGCCGGUCAAAAAUUGUUUACUGUACUCUCAAAGGUGUCCAAGCAUUUGGAUUGGUCCACAGCGCCGUGAACACAAUGAAGCAAUGAAGGAGGCUGAAAGUUACAUCAACAAUCUGAUUAAGAAAUAUGGUUCGUUCAACUAUGCUGAUGCAAUUACGGUUCUGCAUGGCAAUUUCCUGGAGCGCCAUUUAUACGAAAUGAUUCCAAAUGCUUGGAAAGAAUUGGGCCAUUCAGUUGUUCCGCCACCAAUUCCGAAGUCAAAGCCGGCAUCGGCUACGUGUGCUCGUCGAAUGUCACUUCCAGUAAAACAAACAAAACGCAAUUCGCCUGUACCGCAAGAGGUUUACACCACUGGAUGUGUUAUGACUAGGCGUAUGUCAGCAUCUGUAGCUGCCUCGGAUGUGAAAAUCGUACCCAAUAUAACGACUGCGAAAAUCGCACCGAAUACGACAACCGCAGAGAGUGCAACAAAUACGCAGAUUGCAGCGAGUUGCCGUCAACUAUCGAUUCAAAUUGAUCGUCUACCAUCCACAACGAACAAUUUAUCUUCUUUCAUACAAACGACAAUGGCAAAAGGUUCCGACGGAAAACCGCAAACUGCCACAAAGAAGCGAAUGAAUAGUGUGAAAUUGAAUAAAUUGCAACCAGCAAAAUGUGCAAAAAUGGCUGUUAAUGUGAAUCAAGAUGCAGCACCAUCUAGUACGACGUCAUUACAAUAUGGUUCAGGCUCAUCUCAAAAUUCAACUUCAGAUACGGUAUUCAAAGUUCCGGCAGUGCCAAAGGCACGACGAUCAACGUUGUCUUCAAGAAAGUUGGCCAAAAAAGCCGACCAUUUAAGCUGCGACAAUCGCAAAAUCAUUACCAACGAGCCUGAUUCCAGCUUAAACAACGAGAUUGUUUCCAAUGGAAAGCCGUCAUCACCAUGUGCCGACUCAACCGAAUUCUCAAAUUCGACAGCUCAGUUUGAAAUCGACCAGGUAACAGUGGAAAUGUUGACGACAUCAGAGCCUGUCGUGCAAAAUGCAAUACAACACUCUACUGGCGUGACUCAACUCUGUGUGGAAAUGAUUGAUAAAAGUACGCAAACAUUGAAUGAGCGGCAACUUGACAACAAACGAUUGAUCGAUGGUUUGCGUGAUGAGAAUAGUACACUGAAAGCGGACCUCAAAAAAUACAAAGAAAUGUACUUAUCGGCAAUGCAUGACCAAGCCUCCGAAGAAGCUAAUGUCGGAAAUGUGUUUAAGUCGAAACUUGAUGCUGUAUCCGCUGACUUGGAAAAGGCACAAGCUAAGAUCACCGAGGCCAAUCAGUAUGUGAAUCAGUUGGGUACAACGUCAACACAGAAUGCAAAUUUGAAAAUCAAAAUUGCAAAACUUCAAGCGGCAAAUGUCGAAUUCGCUAACAAUUUGAAGAAUGCUGAAGCGAAAAACACACAUUUGACCCAUAUUAACAGGAAUUUGAUCAAAAGUUCGACUGAAAUCGAUCGAAUGAAAUCGACGAUUGAACGCUUGUCAACGGAAAAAAACCGCUUAUCAAGUCAAGUGACAGGAUUACAGAAAAAGUGUGAGCUGGCGAAGGAACAGGCUCAUGAACAGUACGAGAAGAUGCUGCGAGAUGUCAAGCAAAAAAAGUGGUGCGCGAUGUGUUUAAGGCCAGCCGGACCGUACUACUGUAGUGCAUGUGACCCCAGGCAUGAACGAAAUACAUGGCAACAAUCCCGUCGUUAUAGAAACCCAAAAUUUAUUUAGUCUAUAGAUACAUCCACAUACAACACCGUAUUCAAUAAUAUAUUUUUAAGCUACAUUUUACAAUGUUCAAAUCGAUUUGAUUUACAAUUUACAAUCUAAGCAAUUUAAAGAAAACAGCAUUUUAUAUCAGUGCAAAUCAAAACCAUUUUAAUAUGUAACGACACAUUAUGUAUCGACUUUGUACUGCAUACUUUAUCAAUUCCCAAAUUUUGUACUACUUAGAUUUGUAAUUUGAAUGUAUUCGAAAUUUCUCUCACAUUAUUAUCAUUAAAACAAAAGAAAUGGAAUCGCUGAGAAGUCCUCGGUGAGAACAACAAAAA